AUGAAUGGGACGCAUCAGAAAACUGAACCGGGACCCGAAGACAACUUACACGGACAGGUGAGACCUUUCUAAACAUCUAACAUCCUCCCGUACAGGACCAGAUUGCUCACUAGGUAGAGUAGGAACAUGUCCUGUUGGGGGUGACUGUUUAUAACACUAAAACGUGCCUCUUUGAAGCUUGGGUAAGCUGGUGAGGAGAGGUGAGUACCAGGAGCCCUGGACAUUGCCAGCCUUAUAGGAGAGCUGCUGGAGCAGUUAUAGAGGGUGUAAAACUCAGUGCUGUCCCAGUUCCUCCAAUGUCACAAAGCUCACCCUUUGGUGAGCCAAUCAGAUCAUCCAUUAAUGCAGGGCCGGUGCAAGGAAUUUUUGCCGCCCUAGGCAAAAUAAAAAUUGCCCCCCCCCCCCAUGUGACAUCAUAAUGCCCCACCCAUAUGAACGAACGCCUGCAGGGACCGGCUAUAGAUACCAGAACCACUUCAUUAAGCUGUCCCUUUAAUGUAGAGGUAAUCUACAGAUUAGUGUCACUAAUAACAUACCAGAUUGCCUACUUACAACCAGAUGAGGAUGGUGAUGAUGGGCUCUGAUGAAGGGAUGCAUUGUGUGUUUCUGGUUGUGUGAAAGGGAUGCAAGGUGUCUUUUUUUUUUUUUCAUCUUGGCAGAAGCAGUAUGCAAAGUAUUAGCAGUUCGGCUUGUGCAAAAGCCAUUUGUACAUAUCCACUGUAACGGAUCACCUGGCACACUGACUGGGUACCUCAGUUGAAGGAUGCUCCUAGUGCUUCCUGAGGGCUCCAAGCACUCCAGCAGACACCAUAACCACCGUAGACUCCUUCAGAGAGCAAAAACCGGAACAAGCUCUUACAAGAGCUCAGUGAUUAUAGCAAGAGAGUAUGGAGAGCAUAGCAAUCCUUUGUAGCAGAUUCCCUCAAUAAGAGACGGCACUCCAAAUUGAGGGUGAAGUAGAACUGACUGUACUGGCACAUACAGCCUUUUAUUCACAAUCCACAAACAUAGCACUGCCCACAGGGUUUUGAAAUACAACCAAUCAAUCCGUACAAUACACACAGACAAUCCCACACAAAAUCCUCCCUUCUUUCGCUCCUUCUUUCGCUCCUUCUUUCGCUCUUUCUUUCGCUCUUUCUUUCGCUCUUUCUUUCGCUCUUUCUUUCGCUCUUUCUUUCGCUCUUUCUUUCGCUCUUUCUUUCGCUCUUUCUUUCGCUCUUUCUUUCGCUCUUUCUUUCGCUCUUUCUUUCGCGCUCUCUUUCGCUCUUUCUUUCUUUCGCGCGCUCUCUUUCGCUCUUUCUUUCUUUCGCGCGCUCUCUUUCGCUCUUUCUUUCUUUCGCGCGCUCUCUUUCGCUCUUUCGCGCGCUCUUUUUCUCUUUUGCGCGCUCUCUCUCUGUUCUCCUCAUACCCUGUGUAGCGUGGCAGAGCUCCGGUCCGCGGUACAGGAGUUUCUUUUUCCUGUACCCGGUCGUGCUCACUCAGAGUACUUCCUGUGAGUCUGGUCAGGUACAGGAAACGGAUCCUCGCGAACCGCACCGAGGCAUGGCCAUGCUACACUGAGGGACUGACUGGAGGGAGCACCGUGCACUUCCCUCCUGCUGAUCCCUCAUAUCUUGCACGCUCAUGGACGCGCCGGCCCAGGCAGUGCUGCAGCCCUGCAUGAACGCAUACCCCCGAUGCAUGAUCUGAUUGGUCUGUUUAGGGUGAGUGCUAACAUCUUCUAGAACCAAUCAGAUAAUGCAUCGGGGGUAUGCGUUAAUGCAUGAUCUGACUGGUGCAUGGGGUUACCCAAUCAGACCAGGCAUCAUCUGAACACGAACAGCCUCUCACACAGGAAAUGCCUUUCAGGAGGAGGGGAACCUCUGAGUGAUGCACAUAGUAUAACUGCUCCUGCACUGUGUAUCAUAGGACAGCAAUGAGCGAAAUAUACCAUAACUUAAUGGCUGGAGUUAUAGUACAACAUGAGCGGGAGUAUAGGGACAGGGGACCAUGUUCAGGGAAACCGUGUAAUCCAUAAGCUGUUAAUUGUUGAUCCUUUUCUGCUCCCAGUGCACCCCUUGGAAGGAGAAGUCCUGUUGUACGCCAGCAAUCAGCCAAGAGGCGCACAGUGACCAGUCCUACCUCUACAAUUUUGACUGGAACCACUGUGGAGCAAUGUCCCCGGAAUGCAAGAAACACUUCAUCCAAGACACCUGUUUCUACGAAUGCUCCCCUAAUUUGGGGCCUUGGAUCCAGGCGGUGAGCCCCUGUCAUGUUUCAUGUGUGUGCAGUAAUCGGAGUGCGGGUUUUAUACUGUAUUCCCACCAUAUGUCCAUGCCUUCCUGUCUUUCGUUCUAUGGUAUCGCUGUGGCCACGUGCCUACGCUGUAUUAAUGUUUUCAUUUCUACCCUGACUUUACUGACCCUUGGGCCACGCAAAAUAGGAGUUGUUUAGUGGGUUGAAAAGGAUUAAGAUCCUACAGUCCCCUAGGUAAGUUAUUGGAUUGGUGACCCCCAUUUUUUUUCUUCACAUGAAGAUAGUGGAUAGAACCAAGCAAAUUCAUAGUUCUGGGCCAAUGUCAAACCACUGGGACCUAGGGUCAUGUUAUCGUUAAUCCUAUAUAGAUGUAUAAAAAUAAGGGCGCGCAAUCACUUAGUAAAAAACAGUAUAGUAAACAAUAUGUAAAUAAUAAUAAAAAAGCAGCUAAAAAUACACUGGAAACAUUCGAUUUCCACAUACAAUCUAUUAAUAAUUGUGUUAGCGCUAUAUCAGAGAAGCCCACAGUUAUAUGCUGGGCACCCUAAAAGUAGUAAGUGGGGAAGAAAAAAAUAACAACCACUUAUUGCAUUAAAAUGUCAGUUCUAUACAAAACCUAAACAUUCUCCACAAUUAUUUGGUCAAUAUGUGUUCUUCCUAAAACAAAUAUAUAAUAUUGUCCCAGAGUCCUUUUGGUAUUGCAGGGGUUAAUCUCGCCACAUCGGUAAAAUCCACUGCUUUGGGAUACAAUGUAUGCCGCAACAGAUGGGACCUUAAAAAGAUCCUCAUAGUGCAACACUGUUUUUAAUUAUUAAAAAAGUAAAAAAACCUCUCCCCCCCCCCAAAGCGAACCCUUACAUGGACUAAUGGUGGUACUUGUUGCCAAGACACCACAAACAAACAUGGGUUUUAUACGAAUGGAAUAGAUGUUACUGCCCGUCCUUAUCUUCUCGGUCAGACUUAAAUCUCCCUACUGUGCAGCUGACAGUUGCUUUUGGAGAGACGCCAAGUAUGCGGACCGGUGUCGGCAAUCCCUUCGUAUUCACCCUUUUCAAACAGAAGCCGCUAGCACUUCAACGCGUUUCGCACUAAUAACCUGGGCUUUUUCAAGAUAGUGCGCGGCUUCAUAAGUUAGUCUUAUAUAGGUUCGCAUCAGACCACUUUUAAAGUGCCAGGUUGUAAUAAAAUAUUUUUCUUUCCAGGAAAAGUGCUCCUGUUUCUCUUGUAUACCGUAAAGUUAGUAAAUAUUUUCACAUAAAAAAAAAAACACAUAUGCAAAUACCUUGUAGAUGUAAACAUAUAAGGACAUCAUUAUUUAUAUAAGAAACUUAUUCAUUGAAAAUUUCAUAUCAAUGUAAAUGUAGACUUGGCAAAAAACCAUUAAUAAUAUACUUUAAAGACUCCGUACAUACUCAAAUAUUGUGUGGAUAUAUAGAUGUUCGAUAUAAUUCAUGUGUUGUAUCACUCCACAAGUUAAUAUCUACACCUCAUUAUGUCUAAAAGUUGUAUGUUAAUAUUUAAAUAAAAUUGGAUAUAUUCUUAGAAGGAUUAUCAUAUGUUUAACAUAUAUAUUUUUUUUUUUAACACUUUUUAACCAAUUCACCACCUCUCCAUGGGAUAGUAACCCUUUCAAUCCCACAAUAGCUCAAACAUCCUGGAUUAUUUGCAUGAUGGUCUGCAAAAUGUUUAGAUACAGAGUGUUUUUCAAACCUUCUUUCAUGUUGUGUAAUGUUCAUUCAACCUUACUCUUAACAUUCUUUUAGUUUGCCCCACAUACUGUAGCUCACAGGGGCAAUUUAGUAGGUACAUCAUUUGUUUUGAGUGACAUGUAAUGCAUUCCUUUUAUGUCAAAUUACUCCUUAGUUACGACAGAAUAAAAACUUGAGAUUUUUCCAUAGGGAGGACCUGUUACUUUACAUACAUUACAGCUACCAAUGUGUCCAAUUAAUGGAUUAGCUCAAAAAGAAAUUAGAAACAAUCUUGACAGGUGUAUAGUCGCCAUUUUGGGCAGUCGGAAUCCAGGACAACCACCCCAUAACCCAACCCAAUAACGCACAUACUAGAGGAUAUGGGGAAAUAUGUCCACAGCUUUAUUUAGCAAACAAUAAUAAUAACAAUAAUAAUCAUAAUAAUAACUUAACAAGUAAACAUGGGUCAUUGCCCCCCAUACUCCGCCCUCGCAUCCUAUUCCUUCCAUUAACAUAUAAAGGGCAAUGCCCCCCAUAUAAAUAAACAUAUAUAUAUAACAUACAUCAACAUUAUUCCAAUCGAUGUAAAGUGCCAACCAUCCAUUAACCACGGCAGGGGUAUACCCGGAUACCCCUACCCCACCAGGUUCUGAGCCACCGACAGGACUCGAAACCUAUCAACCACCAAUGACCACCACUUGUUUGUCUUCCAUUACGUUCAUCCUGGGGAGCCUAUUUCUUCUCCUUCAGCUCCCCGUCCCGCCGCUGUGAAAAAACGGGACAAAACCACACAUAACAAAACAGGGAGGGUGGGUGGGACAAACUUAACCAGGUAGGAAGUUAGAAUGAAUUAACUAAAAUGGCUGCCCAUCUAAAUAACCAAACCCACUUACCCAUAACUCCACUCCCUUGCUUACUUCCUCCUAGGCCCGCCUCCUAACCCCUGUCAAGGCCUUUUUCCGCUUAGCUGCGCUUGGCUACAUGGGGCUACAUGACAGGUGUAUAGUCGCCAUUUUGGGCAGUCGGAAUCCAGGACAACCACCCCAUAACCCAACCCAAUAACACACAUACUAGAGGAUAUGGGGAAAUAUGUCCACAGCUUUAUUUAGCAAACAAUAAUAAUAACAAUAAUAAUCAUAAUAAUAACUUAACAAGUAAACAUGGGUCAUUGCCUCCCAUACUCCGCCCUCGCAUCCUAUUCCUUCCAUUAACAUAUAAAGGGCAAUGACCCCCAUAUAAAUAAACAUAUAUAUAUAACAUACAUCAACAUUAUUCCAAUCGAUGUAAAGUGCCAACCAUCCAUUAACCACGGCAGGGGUAUACCCGGAUACCCCUACCCCACAAGGUUCUGAGCCACCGACAGGACUCGAAACCUAUCAACCACCAAUGACCACCACUUGUUUGUUUUCCAUUACGUUCAUCCUGGGGAGCCUAUUUCCUCUCCUUCAGCUCCCCGUCCCGCCAUAAGCUCAGACCUUGACCCCUUAAGCCGUCUGAGCUCCGCCACCCCGAAGAAACAGCGCCCGCUGCAUACCAACCUGCCAACCCAAGUUGAGCAGAUCCCAACCUACCUCCGAAAGGUGAACCCUGUCCGAGCGGUAGUACCCCGGCAACCCCUCCUCCAACUCGCUGUGCCGUACCACCACACCUCCCAUCUUCCUAACAAAGCUCGCCAUUAAGCUGUUCACCUUUUUCCUGCAGUGAUCAAUCGCCACUGGAUCCCGCGCGUGCCGCCAUCGACGCCUUGGGACAAUCUCCGACCACACUAACAUAACCCCCGGAAGCAGGUCCCUCAAUUUGUUGAUGUCCUGCUUCAUCCACUUUACCAACCGACGUUGUGGCGUGAGGCCCAAGUCGUUACCCCCAGCAUGAAGGACCACCAUGUCCGGUGUCCUCCCCCCCACCACCAUCCUAAACAUUGCCCCACAAACCUCCCCCCAGCAAAAUCCCCUGUACCCAAACCAUCGGACUGUCAACUGGUCCUUCGGAAAGCCCAGCUGCUGGCCCUGCAUUCGAGCUGCGGCCCUCCUCUCCGCCCAGAAGACAAAAGAAUGUCCCACAAUCCAAGCAACCCGUCCUGGGGAGAAGAAGAAAACAAGCAUGAGGGAAAGGCAAAAGAGGACUCCUCCGUCCAUGUCCACCCCCGCACCAUAUCUAUACAUACACAUAUAUAAACAUAUACCUACCCAGACAUGUACCUUUUUUUUUAUUUUUUUUUUAUUUUUUUAUUAUUCCAAUAAGCCCAACCGCACAUAUGAGCGGAACCGCACCGACUCCCAUCUCCCUAUGCGCUUCACGACCUCAUCUCCUAAUCCCAACCGUGCAGCCUCCGUGGCCGCCCCAAUGCGAAAGGAGUGAGUACCAAAACGUCCGGCCGGAAGCCCCAACUUACCUAGCCCGGCCCGAAAAACCUUUGUAAACUGAAACCGGGACAGGGAAGAACCAUCCGCAUGUACCAAGAAGGAACCCCCUACCGCCGGCCUCCGAGCCAUGUACUCCGCCACUGCAGCCACCGGGCACAAUACUGCGCCCGGCAGAGCCCAUAGCGUAACGUCCCUACCCACGCCACGGACGUCCGUCUUAGAACUACCCAGAUGCACAACCACCUUACCCUCCAAAACACGAACCCCGGAGGCCUGCAGACCCCCGGGCACCACCCUACUGGCACUCACCAGCUCCCCCACGCGGAACGCCCCGAAAAAUGCCAAGAGAAAAGCCGCUCUGAACAGAGAGACCUCAAACCCGUUGAAACAAAUUUCCGGCAACCGACCCACCAGAUCCCCCAAUACCCGUACCGACACCGGGCGCCUAGAGUCACAGGUCCUGCGGCCCUUUCGAUAACCCUUCAGCGCCUGCCGUACUAGGAAGGUCUUAGUCAGAUCCUCCGACCCGCGCUAUUGGAACCAGAACGCCAUUGCCGCCAUGGACCUGUCGACCACUGCCGGGGACGCCCCUUUUGCCAGCAAUUGGCAGGUGUACCAUAGAAAAGCGUCCCGCAGCGCAUCCCCACGUAAGCCAUGCUCCAACCCGUCUAAUGAUCGUUCCCAAGAGUCCCAGACCUUACUGUAGCAGGCCCAUGUGGCCGGUGCCAGUGAAGCCUUCACAAGUCCCCCAAGCAGGACGCUCCCAGCUGCCAUAUCUCGUCCGGGCAAGCCUCCCCUAUCUUCAAUGCUCCUGGCGCCAUCGUCCAAAAUCGGGACCACUGAAAACGAGACAGAGCGUCAGCCACCUCAUUCAGGUACCCAGGGACAUGACGCGCGCGAAACACAACAUUCCGUGACAUACACAUCAACACAAAGCGCCGCAGCAACCUAACCACCGGCUUAGAGGCAGCCGAUUGAUUAUUCACCGCAUGCACCACCGCCAUGUUGUCCGAGAAAAAGACCACUUUCUGGUCCUGGAGCCCCUCGCCCCAUAGUGCCAUUGCAACGACCAACGGGAAUAAUUCCAGAAAAGCCAGGUUGCGCAUGACUGGGCUAGGACUUCAUGCUCAGCCACGGGGCUCACAAGUAUCUAUCUCCCCGCCAAGUAGGCCUCCCGGCUCAUUACCUUUCCACCAAGCAUCCGGGGUGGAAGAGUUCCAACUCACACACUUACUCCGCCUAAAAACACUGGGCUGGCCCCGUUGAAAUUCUGCAGGAAGGCAUCCCACACGCCCAAAUCAGCCCUCAUGGUUGCUGACACCCGUAUGAAAUGAUGCGGGGAUCGAACUCCUGCCGUAGCAGCCGCCAGGCUGCGGCUGAAAACCCUCCCCAUAGGAAUUACACGGCAUGCAAAGUUCAGCAUCCCUAUUAGCGACUGCAGUUGCCGCAGCGUAACUUUGCGCUCAACGGUCACCGCAGCUACCGCCCCCUUGAGCCCCUCCAACUUGUCCCGAGGCAGCCGGCAUUCACCCAAGAUAGAAUCUAUUUCUAACCCCAAGAAACUAAGGCACGUCGUCGGGCCCUCCGUCUUAUCCGCUGCCAGCGGCACCCCAAAGUGGCCCGCCACCCAUUCCACGGUCCUAAGCAGUUGCUGGCAUGCCGAGGAGGCAGCCGGCCCCACGCAAAAGAAAUCGCCCAGGUAGUGCACCACCGAACGGUUCCCCGCCUCGACCCGCACCACCCAUUCGAGAAAAGUACUAAAUUUCUCGAAAUAGGAGCAUGAAAUAGAACAGCCCAUAGGGAGGCACAAGUCCCCGAAAUAUUUUCCCUCGAAAAAACAUCCCAACAGGUGGUGGCAGUCCGGGUGGACUGGCAGCAGCCGAAACGCCGCCUCAAUAUCCACUUUUGCCAUAAGUGCCCCAUGCCCGGCCCGUUUAACCAGCUCGACCGCCCGGUCGAAUGAUGCAUACCUUUUGGGUAGGAGAGGUGGUGAAUGAGCCGGAAUUUCCCCGGCUCCUUCUUUGGCACCACCCCAAGAGGGGAAACCCGUAGGUCCUCCAAUGGGGGCACCGCAAACGGGCCCGCCAUCCGCCCCAGCGCAACCUCCUUGUCUAGUUUCUCCCGUACCACCCCGGGAAAUCCGCCACCGACUUCAGGUUGCGCAACCCCCCCAAACCCCCCUGCUCCCGGAAGGGAAUAAAGAAACCCCGCCCGAAGCCUUCCCUAAGUACCGAAGCAUCAGUCCUGUUACCGUAGCGGCUUAGCCACGGCUCCAUCGCGUCUAGCCUCACCGGCGUGAAGCCCCGGGGCAGGGGAAGCAUUCCCUCCGGCCCCGGCAGCCGCUCCGGCUGUUCCCGCCUUCCCUUUUUUUUGAAACAGCGAUUGAGCCCAUGAGCACCCCCGCAACCGGAGCACUCAUGCUUUCCCCAUUUGCACUGGCCCUCAUUGUAGAGCCAGCAGAAGCCCUUUUGCAAAGCGGCCGACGAGGCGGACUGCCCCUUCGCGCCGGCCGAGUUUGGAAAGGGCUGCGCCUUCUGGGCCAUCAUUAGCUUCAUCCAGAGGGGCAGAUCCAUCUGAUCCCACCUCAUCCCCGGGUUAGCCGCCAGUCGCUGCCUGAACUGUUCAUCGUAGCGCCACCAUGCCAGCCCCCCAUAGGUGCGAUAUGCUUCCCAAAUGCCGUCCAGGUAGCAGAACAGGGACGAGCAUAAUCCCGGCGAUUUUUCCCCCAGCACGCUGGCUAGCACGCAAAACGCCCGUAACCAGUUGCCAAAGGAUUUCGGAAUCUUGCGAUACCGCUUCCUCUUCUCCUCCUCCUCCUUCUUUUCAUCCUUUUUAUCCUCCUCCUUGAGGUCAAUAAAGUCCUCCAAGGGGAGCAGGGAGAAGAUCUCGCAGAACUCACCUUUCCAGAGCUUCUCUUUCACGUCCUGUUUCAGAUGAACCCCCAGGGGGCCCGCAAACGAGACGUAUGGUGCUGCCUCGGCUGCAUCCGGAAUACCCCCGGCCAGUUCCGCCUUGUCACCCCCGGCCGCCAUCGCCUCGGGCGCCACCCCCAGGUCCCCGCCCGAACUAAGCCCCACGGAAACCCCACUAGGACCAGGGACCUCCGUCCCCGGGGCCCAAACCCGACCAACGCCACCCCCCGUGUCACCCCCCGCCCCCAGCGAGUGGAGCAGUGCUUGCAGUGUGCUAACCAAGGAACUGGAGUGUAGUGACCCACAAGACUCACCGGCCAAGCCCCCUGCAACUGAUGCGGCAGGGGCUGCGUCGUCGACUGCCCGAUGUCCAGGGAGAGCGACUCCCGCCGAUACCUCGCCAACCGGGGAGCCAAACCGGUGCCUUGCCCGUGUCGAUAUGGAACAGCUCCGUGACCUGGAAAGAGGAGAAGAAGUCCUGGGUAGGGUGCCCUGAGUAUUCGCAUCCCCCCCGUCCCGACCCUGGGAGCGCCUGCCCAUUGCCAAAGCCUCCCACUGUGCCCCCUGCACGCGCCGCGUGCGGGAGCCCCUAGGGCUACGGCUCCUCCUGUCUUCCCCGGGCAUACGUCCCCGCCGACCACCCCUGGGAACGCUAGACCCGCUCUCUCCCGAGCUCCCUGACCUGGAGCGGCGCUGCCGGGACCUCCCCCUCCUCCCCCUCCUCUCCCGUGGCUCUACUUCCCGAACCGGAGAGGGACUACCACUACAGGACCCUGAACCGGACCCCCCCCCCUACUACCCUGCACCCCCAAACGCUCACCCCUCCGGCUAGAGCCCGACCCCCCACCUGAACUGGCUCCCAGACUAAGGGGACCUAGACCCCCCCUCAACCAGACUGGCCCCCCCAACCCCUAAACCAGGCCUACCCGACCCUACCCGCACCGGCCUAGCCCCAGAGCCCAAGGAGGCCCCCUUUCCCCUACUGGGGGAGCCCAGCAGUCCCUCCUCACCCACAGCCCCCCCACCCCUACCACUACUCCCCCCACCUAUGACCCCUAUGCCCUCCCCAUCCACGGUCCCUGGGAGGCCUUCCCACCCCCCACUUGGGCCCUCCGCCCUCCGCCCCCUGACAGGACCCCCCCAGCACUUUUCCCACCAAGGGGGGCCCCGGCCGGAGCCCCCUGCACUUGCCUUUGGGGCCGGGAACCGGCCACGUGUCCUCCCGGUCCCGGCCCCGCCGAUCUCCGCCUCCGACGGGGCGCGCGCCCUCCCGGGCCGCAGCUCCAUGCUGCCCGCUCCUCCAGGGGACCGCCCGGCCCCGUCCGACCCGGCAGCCGCGACGGCCCCGUCCCGACCGUCCCCCCGGCGCCGGGCACUGGUCCUAGGCUCCGGCCGCUCGCGGGGAGGCGGGGCCUCUACCACGCGGCUGCCGGGCCUGUUGCCGCCCGCACCGGAGCCUCCCGGACCACCAGGGAUGUCUUCACCGGGUCCCACACCCGGGCUUAGCCGCUCCGGAGGCCUCCUGGCCCGAACAGGCCGUCGUCCGCCGCCGUCCUGGCCCUCCGCCGCCGCCAGGGCCGGGCCUAACUGGGCCUUCAGCCAGUCAGCCCCCUGGUGCCUCGCCGCGGACCGGAUCCGCUCCAGCAGUCGCUCCACUUCCUCCAUCGGCCCUGCAGGGAGACAAAAAGGAAAAAACCCUACCAAGCCAAAUCUGUGCCCACCGGAGCGAACACAAACUUAACCAGGUAGGAAGUUAAAAUGAAUUAACUAAAAUGGCUGCCCAUUUAAAUAACCAAACCCACUUACCCAUAACUCCACUCCCUUGCUUACUUCCUCCUAGGCCCGCCUCCUAACCCCUGUCAAGGCCUUUUUCCGCUUAGCUGCGCUUGGCUACAUGGGGCUACAUUACAGAAACCAUAGAAACAAAAAAGAAGAAAUUUGAGAGAUCAAAAAGACCUUUCAGGAAAUAAAAUUAGGAAUAGUCGUAAAAAAAGUCCACUAAUCAUUCAUUUAAUACACAUACUCCGCGAAGAAACAACAAGACUAAUCAGGGCAACAGGUGGAUUGGAACUCGUGGUAGAUCUAAUACGGAUUACCACCAGGAGGACAACCCCCAAACAGGGAGACACAAUUCACCUAAGACCCCUAAAGAUAAAGGUUAGACUUUAGUCACUAACAAGAAAAGGAGAAACACACCAGUUAUGAAAUCAGGGGUUUCAACAUCACAAUCUAUCACCCAUGUAACAAAGAACUUCACUUCUAAUAAGUUCGCAGUUCGGAACUCUAAAGAGGAAGGGAGACUGAAUCAAACAAUUUUUUAGGACCAAGACAAAUGUUCCUAAAUCGCCAAUCCAAGACAAAAAGAGACCUCUAAAAAGGGGAUACAGAGGAGGGAGAAAAAUGCAGAAAAGAGAAUAAAGUGGUAAAACUGGUAGGAAUUUUUAAUUUGGCCAAUAUUCCUUUAACAUUAGAUCAAAUAAAGGUCUGAAAUAUGCACCAGCUAUUAAGUCUGACACUUUCAAAAACUUUUUAGAUGUUCAAAAAUUUAUAAAUCCAACAAAACUUUGACUUUUAAAUCCAACCAAAAAUGCAGUUACAGAACGGAAUUCAUUUAAUUGUCCAAUUAUUUUUAAUUCUAGUAGUCAAUCAAAACUUGUAAAGAAAAGUAUAAACCAACAUUGGCAUCUCUCGAAACAGGAUCCCCAUUUACCGGCACUUUUACCAGAUAAACCAAGAAUAGUUUUUAGAGGUGCCCCCACAAUUAAAACUAAAUUAGUUAAGAGUUUUUGACCACCAAACCAGAGACACUUUUUUUUUUUCACAAAAAGGCUUUUUUAAAGUGUGGUAGCUGCACUGUACGUGUGUUAAAUGAAUGAUUAGUGGACUCUUGAUUUCUACGAUCUUUUUAUGACAAUUUCUAAUUUUAGCAGAUGCUGGUGUACAGACGAACUAUAUUACAAGGGCAAUUUUGAGCAGCUUUUCCACAUUUGGACAGUGUAGUAUCAUUAAGACACAGUGCUGCAGGCUCCUGCUGUAGUAACCAAGGCCCUCAGGGACCCAACUCAUGUUGAUGCUUGUUUCCCACCCAGGUGGACAGUUCCUGGAGAAAGGAACGGAUACUGGAUGUACCCCUGUGCCAAGAGGACUGCGAGGACUGGUAUAAUGACUGCAAGAGGGACUAUACGUGUAAAGAUAACUGGCACGUGGGAUGGAAUUGGACAGGAG